AUGUUGAUGAAAAAGACUAAGAAAAACGACAAUGCUAGGAGGCUUUUGAUAAGUAUCAAUGUGUUUGGAAGCGCCGGACCGAUACGGUUCGUUGUGAAGGAGGAGGAACUUGUUGCGGCAGUUAUUGAUACUGCUCUAAAGGCUUAUGCUCGGGAAGGGAGACUUCCGGUUCUUGGAGGAGAUAUCAGAACUUUUGCUCUUUAUUGUCCACUGGCUGGAUCUGAUGCUUUGAGACCAUGGAUCACAAUUGGAUCAGUUGGAGCUAGAAAUUUCAUGCUAUGCAAGAAGCCCCAGCUAGAAGGGUCUACUCCUGGAAAUGGAGGUGUCAAUGAGAGUGAAGUGGUUUCACGGAGCAGAGGUGGAAGUUGGAAGGCUUGGUUCAACAAGUCUCUGAAUUUGAAGAUUUCUACCCAUUGA